UCGUGUUUUUUCUAGAAUUCGUCAAUAUUUUCGCGUCAUGAGGUCAUUAUCUCUGGUGUCGACCUCGGGGACUCGGAGUGCUGGAGUUGAUCGGCGUCGCUGGCGCGAGUAAAGGAGUCGGAUUUCCGCGUCGACGACGAGCCCAAACAGGCCAAAAGGAAAGCAGCACUGAGAGGUGUCUCAGCCAGCGUCUGCAGCAAUACAGGGAGACACACACCAACACAGCAGCAGCAGAGAAACCCUCUCAGGCGGGUGGAUAAAGGGGAGAUUUGCCUGCCACUGACAAGUCCCCCGAGAUGCGGCGGACCGGCUUCCACAGCUCCGAGCUCAUGACGCUCUCCUUCGUCGCAGCUGUCUUGUCGUCCGUUGCUGAGGGUCGCUAUUAUCUCGGAUACGCAUCGAACAGAAAUAGCAUCUCCAUGUACGGAGAAUCAAACUUGUGCAAUGACAACGUAGAUUGUCCAGUGACGGGAUGUUGCUUGAUGACUGGAGUUGAAAACGGAAAACCAACUGGUGUUUGUCAAGCAAUUCGAGGAUACGGAGAAAGCUGCGCAGUGGGGAACCGCAUGCGAGAUUUCUACGGCUUCAAGGUGUUCACAUUCUCAUGUCCAUGUGGAGAUAAAAUGGAAUGUCGGGCCCGACGUAAGCGCUUCGACAAAGGUGUGAGUCUCAUCACCGAUCCGACGUGUCUGCUUCCAAAUGACGACGUCGACGAAUUCUGGGCAUCAGGAAAACGACGACCGCCGAACACAGACGCCAUCGCCAGCGUUCCCGUUGAAUAGCGCAAUUCUCAAGCAUCAAAAUAAUGCGUUAUUAAAUCAUUGGACAUUCAUAAAUUCUCUUUUUCGCGUAGUAAGAGGAUAAUUAUGAAAACUUCUGAACUUUUCUGGACAAUAAAACACGAUUUAUUAUCCUAUCUUCCAUCGGUCCACGGGGUACUACAUUCCCGGGGGUACUGGCGACGAAUUUUGGUUGCACGGCAAAAACAAAUUCUUGGAAUGUCUUUACCACAAAAUGUAACUGAACGUUAAAAGGAUUACAAUUUCUUCACAGAAUAAAACGGAUAAAGCGGAGAAACUAAGGUGAGGACAUUUCAAGAACAGCAACACAAGUUCCACCCAGAAUUUCCGCUGUAAGUACACUUAUCAACCAGUCAAGCAGUUAUUGUUUCGAUCUUCACCUCAUGCAGUCACGCCGCGGUUUUCUCACACGGGAGAUCAAGGUUGAUGAGCCGGGAUAACUUUUUUUCUUUAAAGAACGAAAUACGAGGUCUGCAGAAGCUGAAGCCGAAGCACCAAAAAACAAAUGAUCUGAACACAUCUGCAUCCGAAGUACAGUACGUUCAACCGAACCUUCGACAUAUUUCAAACCAAGUGAUAGAAGUUCAUAAGAGCUACCGUAAUUAUAACAUCACCAACGUUACUAGAUUCCAGCUCAGAAUUUCAAGACAUGGUGAUGACACUGAUUUUACAAACAAACCAAUGCAUCUUCCCUGCGGCAAAUAUAUUGCGCCGUCUGAAACCAGAAGUCUGAACGCAAUUUCCAGGCGAUACAAGGGAUGGUCCUGAAUUUUGUGAAAAAUUAGAGUGCAUAACCAGGAAUUUCUAAAUUCUGGAAAUGUAGUGAAAUAAACUUUCUGCCCAUUUCGGUUAUUAUUUUCUUUCCAUGAAUCCAAUCUGAAGUAUUUGAACUUUUACUCCGUUAAGUAUUUAAACAAUUACUUUAGAUCAUUAAUUGACACGCG